AUGAGGCGCAUGCGACAGUCGAGGGAGAAAUAUGAGCCCAGCAAGGAUCUCGUCGACAUGAUGGGCAAAGAUUGGCAGAAGCGGCGGUCGUUUUCCACGAAGAUGAAUUACCAGCCAUACAAAAACACGCUGGAGGAGCUCUUUGCAUUCUGCAAGGACAAAGCACCGCUCUUCUUCGCCAAAGUUCGGGCUGUGGCAGAACGCACGGGCGGUGAGAACGUGGAGCCGCCCCUGAAAGGCAUGCAGCGGUGCCAAGACAAAGCACAGUUCAAGUACAAGGACAAGAACGGCGAAGUCUCGUGGCACAGAUUGACGGACAUCGUGAGGGAUACCAUCGUUUAUAAGAAUCUGGACGACAUGUACAAAGGUCUCCGAGCGAUCCACGAAGACGAAGAGAUCGACAUCAUCGAGUGUAACGACCGUUAUAUGAACCCUCUCGACGGAGGGUAUCGUGAUCUUCAGCUGAGCCUCCGCAUCGACGGGAUGGUCUGCGAGCUGCAGCUGAACACGAAGUGGAUGCUGCACGUGAAAGAGAACGCGGGGCACAGGGCCUUCGAGGUCUCCCGCGAGGUCAUGGCAGCUGUUGCGGAGCCGGAUGCUGUGGAGAGGUGCCGCAACAUCCUGCAGUGGGGCAAGGAGAACCUGGGCGCCAACGCCGACACGGAACUGCAGGAGAUGCUGAAUGACGACAAGAAGGGCCUCCUUCACAAGGCGGCCAAGGCGGGCAACGCGCACCUCGUGAGCAUCUUCUUGGCCUUCCGCGCCGAUGUGAACCACAGGGAUCCCAAGAUGAUGCGGACGCCGCUGCACGAAGCCAUGGCGCAGGGCCACGAGCGGGCGGUGUGGGCCCUUCUCUGUGCUCGAGCCGACCUCCAAGCUCGAGAUAGAGACGGUCAGGUGCCCCUCCUGGAUGGCCUCUUGAAGCUUCGGCAAUCGGGAGGCGGUAAUCACGGCAGCACCCUCGAUGGAGGCGUCGCGCGCCUCGUCUCCGUGGCCGUCCAGUGUGCAGACGGUGGUCUGGACCAGCUGCGCGAGGCGAAGGAUGACCUGGAUGAUGCCGUGAAGCGCCGGCUGGUCCAAAGCCAGGAACUGAUUGCAUCCUGUGCCGGCCUCAACGGUGCCGAUGGCAAUCUUGCCAAGGUCCAGCAGCUGCUGGCAGAGUGGGCCGACCCGAACACCCCCAGCAGUGCGAAAGACGGUCACCCCCCGCUGCAUGCGGUGCUGCUGCGACCGCAAGGCCUCCAGCCAGUGCACUUCGAGAUCCUGAGGGCUCUGGUCGACAUGGAUGCCGACCUUGGCCUCACCACGGAAAUGCCAGCUGGAGAAACCCCUUGCACCUUCACGUUGCUCCACAGUGCACUCCACUCGAAGAGUAGCAAGGCGCUGAAGAUGCUAGCGGCCGCCGGGCUCCGGCACGAUGGGAAGCCGCUCAGCGAAGUGCUCGAUGCAGAUGAAAUGCAGAGUGAGGAGCCUUCAGUCUGGUCGCUGCUGGCGCCCCUGAAGGAGCAGCGGGUGCAGUUGCUGGACUGGUCCCUGGUGUCUGUGGGGGAGAUGUUGGAGCUGGGGGCCACUCCUGGCCAGGUCAAGGCCUUGUGCAAGCAAGCAGGCAUCGAGACCGCGGAGGAAUUCCUCCGGCAGGUGGUGCUCAAGGGCUUGGGGCCCAAGGACCUAGGAGACAAACUCCGGGAAGACCCCCACUUCCUGGCUCCCACACUUCCGUUACCUCCUUUCGAUGCCGUGAGAGGAGCCCUGCAGAAGGCCCCGGCGGAUCUUCGGAACGACCGCGACGUGGUCCUGGCCUGCAUCAGCCACGACGCCGCCUGCUUGGCCGAUGCGCCAGAGGCCCUGCGCUCGGACCGAUUCUUCCUGCUGGAUGCAGUGCAGCGGCAUCCCCGAGCCCUCGAGUUCGCUGGAGGCUUUCGGGAGGACCGUGACUUCGUCGCGGACGCGAUGCGGCUCCAACCGGCCGUGCUGGAGUUCGCUGGCGGCCUGCGCAGCGACCGGGAGCUGGCUCUGGAGGUCGUUCGGCAGGCACCUUGGGCGCUGGACCUGGUCGAUGCCCAGCUCCAAAACGACGUGGCGUUGGCCUUCCAAGCCACGCGACGCAGCGGAGGGGGGAAGAAGGCUUAUUGGGAUUCAGGUCAAACUUUGCCGAUGCACUGGGAACAGAGUCCGAAUGCUCAGUUUGCAAUUGCGGCUUCCGAGGCCUUGGCACGAUGUGGCACUCGGGACGUGGACUUCUCCCAGAUGGCGGAGCUGCGCAGCGUCCCCCAUGACUCGUGGGUGCGCUGCAUCUGCCAUACGGGAGCGAGCGGGCUGGCGGUGGGCUGCGAGGACGGCACUAUCCAGCUCCAUGACCUCGGUGCGAGCGAUGAGCCUCCCUUCAAACUGGUGGGGCACAAGGGGGCUGUGCGCUGCCUGUGCCUGAUGUCGGUGGAGGUCCUCGCCAGUGGGUCCGCGGACAGCACGGUGCGCACCUGGAAUCUGCACAGCAAGGAAGCGCUGCAAGUCCUCAGCGGACACACGGACUCUGUGUGGGGCCUGGCGCGGCUCAAUGACACUCAGCUCGCGAGCGCAAGCGGUGACAGGACCGUCCGCUUGUGGAGCCUCGCAAAGCCCGAAGAGUGCCGAGUUCUCCGGGGCCACAGCCAACUGGUGCUCUGCCUCUGCCUCACGACCACCGGCAGCCUCGUGAGCGGGAGCGGUACCCUCCUAGUCUGGAACCCUGACACCGGCGAGGAGCAGCACGAGCUGCGCGGCCACACAAGUUGGGUCCGCUGCCUCUGCCAGGCUUCACCCGAGCUCCUGGCAAGUGGCAGCGAUGACACAACGGUGCGGUUGUGGAGCCUCAGCACCUGGACGAUGGUGCGGGUCCUCGAAGGGCUCACGGGAUUCGUCUCCUCGCUGUGCCUCCUGGCGCCCAAGCACCUGGCAGCUGCCGAUGGCAAUGGCAGACUCCGUGUCUGGUCGGUGCAGAGCGGCGAGCCGGUGCACGAUAUCCAGAAAGCCCACGGCAAAGAGAUCCGAGCACUAGUGAUGGCGAAGGUGCGUGGCGAGCGGAUUCUGUGCAGCGGCAGCGAUGACUCGACCCUGAAGCUCUGGCAGCUGCAGGCCCUGGGCGAGGGGUUUCGUUUUGCCGGUCAGCGUGUUGGUUGA